CUUCUCCCCCCCAACUCACUCCCUCACUCAAUCAAUCUCUCCUUCUUCUUCCUCCAACCUCUCUCACUCUCUCUGCUUUUCUCUUCCCAACGCACAUACACACUCAUAACACACUCAUUCCUCUUCCCUUCCCUUUGAGAGAUGACGCAGCAGAAUAUGGUGAUCUCUGAUGCCAAGUCCAGACUCAACUUGACCUUCACCGCCGCCGUCUCAAACUCGUUCAAUUUCACCACCGCUCCUCACAAGCCCCCCGCCCCUCCCGGAGCCGGCGCCAGCGGCUUCAUCUCCAUUUCAAGGAACAAGUUCUUGAAGACCCUCGACAUCAAUGGAGCCGCCAAAGUCAACUCCUGGGUUGACUCCAUGCGAGCCUCUUCCCCAACCCACCACUCCAAUAAUCAUCUCACCGCCCCUGCUUUCGACCCAGAAGAAAAUUCUUGGAUCCAGCUUCGUCACCCAUCUGCAUUAGAUAUGUUUGAGCAAAUCAUCGAUGCUUCCAGAGGAAAGCAAAUAGUCGUGUUUCUCGACUACGACGGUACGCUCUCGCCCAUCAUCGAAGACCCUGAUCGUGCUUUCAUGUCCGAUGCGAUGAGGAAGACGGUGAGAAACCUUGCGAGGUGCUUUCCGACAGCUAUAGUCAGCGGCAGAUGCAGAGACAAGGUGUACAACUUUGUCCGUUUGGCAGAGUUGUAUUAUGCUGGAAGUCAUGGGAUGGAUAUCAAAGGCCCGACUAAAAUCUCUAAAUACAAUAGAGACAGCAAAGCGAUCCUGUUUCAGCCUGCCUGUGAAUUUUUACCCAUGAUAAACAAGGUUUAUCAACUGUUGCUUGAGAAAACAAGCUCAAUUGCAGGAGCUAAGGUGGAGAACAACAAGUUCUGUGUAUCUGUUCAUUUUCGAUGUGUUGAAGAAAAGAAAUGGAGCCAACUGGCAAACCAAGUCAGAUCAGUGUUAAAGGAGUACCCCAAGCUUCGCCUCACUCAAGGAAGGAAGGUACUAGAGAUUCGUCCCCCGAUUAAAUGGGACAAAGGAGAGGCCUUGGAAUUUUUGUUAGAGUCACUUGGAUUUGCCAACUGUACCGACGUGUUCCCUGUUUACAUUGGAGACGAUCGAUCCGAUGAAGAUGCAUUCAAGAAACUUAGAGCGAGAGGACAAGGCUAUGGCAUUCUUGUCUCCAAAUUUCCUAAAGAUACUAGUGCAUCUUUCUCCUUACAAGAACCCGACGAGGUGAUGGAAUUUCUUCAGCGAUUAGUGGAGUGGAAAAGAGUUUGUCUAGGAGCACGUUCGAGGGUGUAAAUUAAUGAAUGACAUGUACAUCUCUACCCUGCAAAAAUGAGCUGAGGGUAGGAUAUAGGACGCUUUGUAAUUUUUUUUAAGCUAAGAGCAACAAGACAAACAUGUAAGGAUAAAGCAAAAGCCAGAGAAAGACAUAAGUGUCUUUCUUAGUUUAGAUGUAAUCAGCUAGUCAAGUACAGGAAUAAUAAUAAAUAAAGAUAUAUAUUAUGUAGCUUCUGAGAUACUUAGUCUAUACAUCCCAAAUCUUGAUUCCUUAA